CCUUGCUUAUACCGGAAGUUCAUAUCAGGUGCUUGACAACCGGACGCUACGCUAAUUGACAAUUAGUUCACAAGAGUUCAAUUAUCUUGUCAAUUAACUGAGGAAACUAUAAGACAAGAUGGCAAACGAAAAAGUGAUGAAAGGCGAUAUAUUGGAGUUUGCUUCCAACAUGAAGAAAUUGGUUAAUAAUAAAGAGCACAGUGACGUCAAGUUUCUGAUUGGACAAAACAGAAAGGCUGUGUAUGCUCAUAGAUGUAUUCUGUCCUCAAGAUGUGCUGUUUUCAAGGCUACGUUUGCAGAGCAAACACAAAAGAAUGGCACAAUAGAUAAAGAAACUCCUUUUGUACUUUCUGACAUGAAUGCGGACAUUUUUACAGCAAUGCUAGAGUUUAUCUACACAAAUUGUGUAACUCUUACGCCAAAAAUUGCAAUAGAGGUUCUUGCAACAGCCCUUGAAUAUGGACUUGAUGAUUUACGAAGGUUAUGCUGUGAAUAUUUGGAAGAAAAUCUCAGUGUACAGAAUGCCUGUGAUUGUAUGCAAGCGGCAGUAACUUACGGCCAAGAAGAGCUGAAAGAAAAAUGUUUAAUAUACAUUGAACAGCAUACAGAGAGUGUGUUUAAGUCAAAAGCAUUCCAGGAACUCUCUGAGGAUGCCUUGUCUGAGAUACUCAAAGUUGAUGGUCUUAAUAUGGAUGAAGCUGAAAUUAUUAAAUACAUCAAGGAAUGGGCUGCAGUUAAUUCAGUUGUCCUUGGUAGACCAGUGGCAGAUGUAGCUAAAAAUGUUAUACAGUGGGUCAGGCUUCCAAUUCUUACCCCAGAUGAAAUCUCCAAAAUUGAAAAAGAGAACAAAAAAGACAAUAUUGUGACAGUUGAUAUGUUUGCAACUGCAUGGAAAUUUCAUGCUUUAAAUAAACCAGAUGAGGGUAACCCUCUUGCAAAGAAGCGAAUUGGAACACAAGACAGACCACAUCAUAAAAACCUCAACGGUUGAUCCAUCGUAACUCGUCCUCGAGUAAAAAUGUAAUCAUCAUUAUCAUAAACCAUCACCAUUAGACGCAUAAUUAAUAUCCAUGAAAACAGUUCUACGGACAGUGACUUAAGAACUUUCUAUUAUCUUAACCUAUAUGCUUUACCAAUGCUAAAUAGUUGAAAAUGGACUUGGGACUGCCUUUACUUUAUAGAUGAUGAUAGAAAUUUCAGUUACAGUCUACUUAAAUUCCGCAGCCAACAGUAUAGACAUUGUUUUUGUCUAAAUAUUCAGAAAAUUUGUUGUAUCUCAUUUACAUAUUCAUUUUUAUUUGUAAUGUGUACCAUUUUUAAUAUUCAUUAAGUUGAAAAAAGUAUUUAUAGAAGGAAAAGGGUAAACUUUAAAAAAAUCAAAUCACUCGAACAAUUAAUUACUGAAUGAUUAAAAUCACUUAAUUAAUUUCUGAUGAUUUCAUGAUGAUUUGUAACAUUAUAAAUAAUGGCCGAUUGAUUAAUCUCACAUUUUUCACUAUUGAUAUGUAAAGUGAAAUUAUAUUUUUACUGAUAUAAGAUAUUUUUGUCUGUUUUGAAAUUUACAUAUACAUUUAAGUCAUUAUUUGUUGAAAUUCCAUGACUUGAUAUUGUUUUAUGCUUUAAAUACGAUAAACCCUUAGUCUUCUGAAUGUUAAACAACCGAGUCUCCUCAGGUUACUUACAUUAAGGUUUUCAU